CUGGACAGCAUGACAAAGGAGGAGCUAGCAGCCAAGUGGCAUGAACAGGACUUAUAUGUGGAGUGUCUAGAGGCCCAGGCGGCAGCCCAGGAAGGUACUGAGAUCACUUGAGUGAGACCACCUCACUCACCACAUUUCUUAAAGCGAAUUUAUGAAUGCCAGAACACAACGGUCUUUCGUAUGAAACAAAAGACAAGACUCUUCUAGGGACACUAAGAUCAGGGCAUAUUAUAUUAGUUUACUGUGUUUAGGAUGUAAUGAUAAUGCUAAGUUUCUUAUAAGUAUCGCUGACUUUUUUCGUACCUAAAUAAGAUAGGGCAAAUUCUCUUACGAAUAGCGUUUUAUCACGUCUACUGGAAUUGUAGAAAGAUCGAUCUAUCCGGAGUACUGGAUAGAAUUCGAUACGAUAGACGAUAAUGGGUAAAGGCUAGUGAUAGUAAUAUUGUAAUAUUUCGGAAACGAGAGAAACAAACUACAUUUGUGAUGUGUAGUGCGGGCAAUCGAAUUAACGCCAGUAUGUACAGUGUUUGAAAUUUUUGUCGGUGAGCUAAAGUGAUGUGACGGUACACCACAUAAGUACGCCGAGAAUCUGAUAAUUACAUUAUGCGAACGAUGCAUAAUUCCAUCGUCAGUAUUAUCGAUAUUUAAAAAAAAAUCACUUAAUGCCGCAGGCAAAGUGCAUAUCGAAAGAAUAAACAAGUGAUAUUGUGUGACAAGAAGAGAAUAUGGCAAGGUUUCCUCGAAAAAUGUGUUCAUUAUGAAUCAUUAAUCUCAUUGUAAUAAACGCACACAGCUUGCUUUUGACAUAAGCCCUAUUAAAGUGACGUGACAGUGUACCACCUAUCAUUCUAACGGUGUAGUAGGGCCGCGCCGCUAGAAACAGGCCAGUGAACGUGUGUUUGUGUACAUUGGAUAUCGAGUUUCCAACUUUCCGAGGAUUGAUUCAGAUACAACAUCCUUGCUGGCUCUGAAUAUACCGCUCGGAAGAGUAAAAACAGAGAGGCCCUAUCUCAUCUUUGGCCCCACAAAACACUGUGCCAGCGGUGCGUGAACCUAAGUCUCGGUGAAGUACGAAUACCUUUAAUUGAUGCAGUUACAAUCUGAAAUUCCAGCUGCUUUAUCCAACCCUAACAGUCUCUUUGUCCGUAUCUACAUAUCUUUAAUAUCGUCUUAUAUUUAGAUUUAUAUAUCUGAUGAAAUUGAACAAUUUUGAUCACGUCCCUAGACAUCCGCUCCCGUCUAGUCCCGUUACGAACACGAUUCAUGCAUGCAAUUGUACCUGCACCGGAACUCCCUCGUGUCCAAGUACCGACCUGAAAAUGAUUACGAACCCAAUCGAAUGAGGCCGGGAGGUCAUCUUGUGACGACGCCUGUGGCUACAUGUAGUCUGUCGAUUCUUAUGGAAGACAAGUCUAACGUCUACUGUUGGUCUCGGUGGAAGCACAGAGAAUCUCACAAAUGGCACGAUGCAACGACUCCAAACUCAAAGUGAACUAUCCUCGUUGAGAGAGUCUGAAAGCAAAUACAGGCAGCAACAUGCAGAAGCAUCUCAUAGAGAGAAGAUUUUAGUCAGGAGGCUUGCUUCGAAAGAACAAGAGUUACAAGAAUAUAUUAAUCAGAUUGCUGAAAUGAAAGCUGCUCACGCUCCGUCCGCCGCGGCAUUAAGAUCUGCUUUGUUAGAUCCAGCUGUUAAUAUUUUGAUUCAGAAAUUACGGCAAGAACUUGUCACGACUAAAGCUAAAUUGGAAGAUACUCAAAAUGAGCUCAGCGCGUGGAAAUUUACACCCGACAGCAACACCGGUAAGAGAUUAAUGGCAAAAUGUAGGUUGCUGUAUCAAGAGAACGAAGACCUGGGCCGAAUGAUAGCUAGCGGACGAAUUGCGAAGUUGGAGGGAGAUCUCGCCCUACAAAGAAGUUUCAGUGAAGAAAUGAAAAAAUCACAAUCAGAAUUGGACGAAUUCCUGCAAGAUUUGGACGAGGACGUUGAAGGGAUGCAGAGCACAAUUUAUUUCUUGCAACAGGAGCUUCGCAAAGCACGCGAGUCGGUCACGUUGCUGCAACAAGAGAACGCAGCGCUGAAAGCGAAUUCGAGUGAAAAUAAUUUGACGAACGGUCUGUCUCCGCAUACACCCCCGAUUAAGAAGGAGGAGUCGGAAGAGAGUUCCAUGCCGGAAAUGAAGACUUCGAAGUCUAUAGAAGAUAGUGAUGUGUGCAAAGGUGCUAGGACUCCACCGUUGUCGUCCCCCCAGUGUGAAUUAUCGGGUUCCGAACGAACAGAACGGAUUGAACGGAAACCUAAUCAAGCGGAUCAUAAUGACGAAAGCUCGAGUGACUCGGCCGCUUUGAUUAUCAAAGUUGAGAACGAGGAAUUAAGUGAUAGGGACGAGGAACAGGAAGAGAGUCGUAAUACCAAAAGGAUAUUGCGAAGCAAAAGUCAUAAUAGGAGUAACAGUAAAACUAACGGGGAAGAGGUGCUAUCUAGAAUAACUAGGGGUAGGGAUAGGACCAAAAGGGAAAAAAGUGCAGCAGGUAGUGACGAUGAAAGGACACACAAGAAGAAGAGGCGGGAGAGCAUCCUUUCUCUCGAUUAUAAUGAAGCCGAUGACGACGCGUUAGUUUUAACUAAUGGUGAAACGUUACAAAGCGAUCCUGAAUGAACAGGUUUUCUAGGACGAUUUUAUAUAUAUAACGCUUGUUACAUAUGAUCGAAAACGCUUAGCGUGACUUGCUGCGAAAUGUAAGUUGAAAUCAAUUUUAAUUUCAUAUUGGUUCAUUUGAUAAUCGGUAUAUAUUAUUUUCUAUGAAUCGGCGUGUUUCUCAAACGUACUUGUAAAUACGAAUUUCAAUUCGGGUGUUUUUCGAGUCACGUUAAUGCCAUGAAAACGACAUUUGAUUACGUACGAAUAUGUGUAUACAGAGUAACGCGGAAUAAAAGGGUAGAUAGUUGGAACGUUUCUUUCUCGCGAGUAAACCACGUGAAAUUUUCUUAAUAAUUAUUCAUUAUAACAAAAUUCAUAUAUAUAUAUUCAUUGUAACAGACGAGUGCUUCGAACAUUUCUAAAUGGCUUUUUGUAAAUUCGUUGAGACACCGAUAGUAGCUCAUCUCAUUAGAUCUUCUCAAGCAAUCACAAUGAUCGUAAAUAACAAUGGAGUAAUAAUAGUUAGGGCUAUCCCUUUUCUAUUAUGUAAAUACACAAAUGUUAAUACACGAUAAUGGUACACUGCGACGCACAUACGUUUAGAUUUAUACACGAUCAUGUGUGCAAUAAUUUGUAUGUACGUAUUGGUUUUUCAUCGCGAGACGAAUCGACAUUCGUUAUUGAUACGUGAGGAAUGUGCUUUUAAUUGUAUAAUAAACCUGAAAUCUAUUUGUUAGAUUUAUUAAAUAUCUGUAAAUUAUAUAUGAAAUACAAAACGAUAUUAAUUUCAGUAAAAAAAAAAACACCGCAGACUGAGCUUGGGAAUCACGGAACGGCAAAAAUUGUAUUUCUUAUUUUCUUUCUUUUUUUCAGGAACAGAUGUACAAAAUAUUUAUACUGCUAUUUUAUACAAUCCUUCUUGUAUUCGAGAAACAUCGUUUUUUACUAUUUUUCUUAGGGAAUCCAAGUCUUCAAUUCCAAUUUUACUCUUUAUAAUGUUCAGUUUCGUUUUCACCCUUACGAAGUGAGGAGGACAUAUGAUUUAUGCAUAAUUCAAUUAAAAUAUAUUUUCUACUUAAGAAUCGAUUAUUAUCGUUGUAUAGUGUGUACGUAAUUACUUAAGCAAUUAAACUAUUUCCUGGCACAUACA